AUGGUCAGGAAGAACAAGAGACCAGCCUUUGAUGAGAGCGAUAGUGAUGGUGGACCUGGAAGUGGGUUCCAAGAGUACUUGAAUAAUAAGUCAGCCCAGUCUAGUAAGAGGGCUAAAAGUACAGAGGCAAUUGAGGCGGCCUCUUCAAGUUUACAGGUUGCUUCACCUUGCGAGGACGUAUAUGAGACUAAAGAAUCAAGUCCAACUGUAAUAGAUGGACUCUUGAAGUCCAAGAGACAGAGGAAGCAAGACAAAUUGCACAUACAGUCGAUCAAAAGCAGGUUGGAGAAUGAGCUUGAUAAACCUAAGGAUACAGAGGAAUUAGUCUUUAUCACUGAUGAGUACAAGGCAAAGAGGGAGGAAUACGACCGGGCUGAUCUGCUUGCAGAGCAAGAAAUGGAACAGGAAGAUACGGUAGAUCCGAAUGAGGAGCUGAUGGGCUCUUCGAGGAGUGUAGCGUUGAGGUCACUUAUGAAGACAAUUUCGAGUGAUAAGCAUUUGAUACCGAAUAUCCCACAGGCCUCAGACAGGACCCAACAAAGUACUCAGAAGACAAAGUUCGAGAACGAUGUCUACAGAUCACCUUCUUAUCAGGCCAUCAAAUAUGAGGUAAAACUAGCCGAAGAUACGAUGGGACUAGACCCUGAGCAGAAGAAGCUGUGCAUCGAAGAAUUUCUCAAAUCGACCAAGACAGCUCAAGAUAUCAGAAGAUAUAUUAGCCAUUAUGAAAAAAAGCAUAAUGUUCAUGUAGAUUGA